AUGGCAGACGCGAAGACAUCAGUUGUCAUUACAUAUUCCAAACCAGGAACUGCCCCACCAAUAUAUCUCGCCGGCUCCUUUCCUGAAUCAGGAUGGCAGCCUCGGGAGAUGGAAUACAAAAAUGUUUCAACUGAUCAUUACGUAUUCUCGAAAGCUGUCGAAGUAGAAGAGGGGAAAGAAUAUCAAUACAAAUUCAGAAUUGGUGAUGGGGAUUGGUGGAUGUCGGAUGAAGAUGCUCCAAUUGUUGUCGAUGACAUUGGAAAUCGAAACAAUCUUCUUUCAGUUCCGAUCAAAGCAUCUUCCGACGAAGACAAUUCAACCCCUCGCACAAUGCCCGAAACUGACAUCAAAGCGUCAACGAUGGAUACCAUAAUUGAGCCAACUCAACACACUGAGUCUGAAGACAAAGUUUCUGAUAACCCAAAUCUCGAGGCAGUCACGUCAGUCAAGGAUUCUCCAUUGGAUCAUGGUGUCGAAACCGAAUCAGAGAAGCCCAAAGAGACGCACGAAUCAUCACUACCUGUUGCCGAAGCUGGCCAUGCAGUUGAGUCUGAAAAGGAAACUCCAGAACUCGAUUCGUCCAGCGUGCCGGCCGAAGAGCUCGAAGUUUCAACUACCGGAUUCGAUGAACCAAAAAAUCUGGAAUCACACCCUCAACCAGUAACCGAGGAGAUAAAGACAGCAACCGCAGACCUCCCUGAUACGUCAAGUGUACCAGUAGAUGAGCUUGAAGUUAUAGACACUGAAAUUGAAGAACCAUUGAAUUCGGAGUCACAUGCUCAACCAGAGACUGCCAAGGAGUUGGAGACAACAACUACAGAAACUCCUGACUUGCAUCCAGCCUCAACCGCCCAAGAGGCUAAUGAGACUCUCAAGGAUUCUUCCGCUAGUGAAACAAAAGUGGUAGAGUCUAACGAAAUCACAAGUCAAGAUGAUGAGGUACUACAUGCCGAGACUGGUACAAAGCAGGACGAAGUCACAGAACAACAAGAAGAGGCUGCCCAUUCCACAAUCGAAGAACCAAAGUCCAGCGAGAGUGAGACACAAGAAGAGGCUACGCUCACUCAUGUCAAAGAGCCAGCAUCCAUCCAAGAACCUAUUACUAGCGAGGACGUGGAUGAUACCAAGGAAGAACCAGAAGUUGCCCACAUCGAAGAAUCGACAUUGGAGCCAGAACAACAUGCUAGCAAGAGUGAACCAAAAGAAGAAACUGAUUCGGUGGUUGGUGACGCUGAUCUUGAGGAGAAACUGACGGAAGGGACCGACACAAGUAAACCACAUUCUGAGAUCCUCAUUUCGAGUCCCGUCAUUGCAGAUGAAACCACUGAGGAGGUAGCUGAGGAGCCUAAAGAGGAAAAACUAGAGAGCUCUGAGAUUAAUGCUUCCAAUGCUGUACCUCCCGAGGAAAGUGUGGAGAGUGUUUCAGAAGAUUCUGGCUCUACGGAACAAGCUGCUGCACAGGAAACUGACACUGCACCUAAAGAAGAACAGCCAGUGUCUGAACCAAUUGUAGAUGAGAAACCGAUUGAAAUCGAAACGACCACCUCUAGCGAUGAAAAUGCGGUCCAGGACGACGUCAAAUCCAAAGCAACUGAGGUGGAAGAAACCCCUGCUGUUGAAACACCAGUCGAUGAGACGAUUGAAGCACAAACGCCAGUUGAUGAGAUUGACUCUAACAGCAAAGAAAGCCCUGCCCAGGAAUUAGUUCAACAAGGUAAAGUCGACGAACCUGCUGCUAGUACGGAAAGUGUUACAGAAGACGAUGGCCAUUCAAGCAUCCCCAUCGAAGCUGCAUCGGCACCAAUUGUAAGUGUUGAGAAGGUUGAUUCCGAGCCACGUCAUGGCGAUGAUUUCGGAAGUAACGCAACAUAUGCGCAAAAGGAUGCACAUACUUUACAUGCCCAGGAUGCUUUACCUGAUCAUAUCACCAUCAGAGAGCAAGCUACCACUCUGGACUUAGCUAAUGUUGCUGCUGAGGUUGCAGACUCUGCUGAAUUGCUUGAUGAAACACCACCAACACCUCCUAUGUCAGAUACGGAGGCUGGAAAGACUGGGUAUAGAAGACUGUCAUAUACACCAAUUCCUGAGGUUGCAACAACUGCUGCCGAGGUUGCCGAUACGGCAGCUCAUAUUGAUGACGAUUCUAAGCCAACUUCAAUUGAAUUACCAACCCCUCAGCGGGACUUCGUCUCACAUGGCGUUGACAAUCUAGAACGGGAUUUGGACACGGAAACGCCAUCUGAGGAACGGGCACCACUUUUCGCUCAUGAGUGCAAUGGUCCCCCUACCGCUGAAGAGCGUUUAGAAUACGAGAGUGCGCAGGCUCGAAUGACAGCUUCAGAGCCAAUGUUUCGAGAAUUUGAUCCGAAUGAUCCUGGUCUCGAGCCAUUUCCCAACAAUUUUAAUCAGAUAUUGGAGCAUGUCAGAAGACUUGAAAACCAUUUGAGCGAAGACCCAGCAGAUGUUGAAAGAACCCCGCUCUCCCCUGUUACCACGAAUGGCAAUCAUCAUGCAACUGCCGGUUUAACAACACCAUCACCCCAAUCGCUUGCACAUGAGAGCUCCCCGUCAUUACUUCCAAUUGUAGAAGAGAAUGCUGAAGGUGAAUCGGAUUCCAAAUUGACUGCUCUACCACCUAGUAUGGAGAAGUCUCAAGCUGAUGGGAAUGGUACGGAUGAAGCGAAUGAAGACGCCGGCGAACAAGAGAUUGAAACAAAUGACACCGAGACUUCAAAGACGGAUGUAGCAGAAUUGUCUGAACCUGCAGCUAUCGAAACUUCCAAAAGCUCAUCGCCUCAAUUACCAGCCAUAAAUUUCACCGAGGGUCCAAGUAAACUCCGACCGGUUCUUCCAGAUUUGCCUCCAACUCCUUUCGUGGAAAAUAAAUCUCUCAACCUUGCUGAAGGCUCUGCAACCAGCUCUCCCGCCCCAGUUCAGGAUAGCCCAAGCAUCACCGUCCAGCCAGCAACUCCAGCUGCGAGUGUGAAUGCGAAUAUCGAUCAAUCUGCCACUGAGGAGGAUGCUGCUAAGACCACAUCAUUCGCUGAUGGGGCUAAUGACUCGCAAUUAAGAGCUCGUAAACAACCAUCAUCUAGUGCACCCGACAGAUCGAUUACCCCGUCUUCGAUGCGUUCUGCUGGAAAUGACGCCAAAUCCCGCAACUUUCUCCGAGCAUUUUUCCAGGUCGUCUUUGUAGAUUGGAUUGGAGGACUGAUUAGGAAGUUAUGUGGUGGCGGACGUCACACGCUUAUAGCCGUUCCUGCACUCCUCAUCGUCGUUACUGCACCCAUCCUGUACUUAUCUGGCCUGGCCAAUUUUGGUUUUGGUCUUAGCUCCUGA